AUGGGAGAAGGCGGCGGCGGCCGUAGCUUUGGGACCGCUAGGGAGCUGCAGAAGCUGAAGCAGCAGGCGAUGGAGUACUACCGGGAGAACGACGUCCCGCGCAGGCUGGAAGAGCUGCUCAACUCCACCUUCUACCUCCAGCCUGCCGACGUCUACGGGCACCUGGCAAACUGCUUUGCUAAACUUGCAAAGCCGCCCACCAUAUGCAAAGUAGUGGGGAAAAAUGUAUUGGAUGGACUGGGGCUUCCAACCCUACAAGUGGAAAUAUUCUGCACCAUUCAAAAUUUUCCCAAGAACAUAUGUUCGGUGGUGAUCUCCACACACUUUGAAGUCCAUGAGAACGUUUCACCCGAGCUGGCCGAGGCGGAGCAAGUGGAAAGGUUGGCGGCCGUCAGCACCGCUGUGCAGUGGGUCAACGGAACCAUCACAGAGGAGCUUUGGGGCAUGGUGCCCUCCCACCAGGCUGAGGUGGACCAGGUGCUCAGGACAUUCUUUGAGAAUAAAGUACAGGAAGAUAAAGAGAGGAGAGAAUUGGAAAAGAGCCUGGAAGACCCAACAGCGCCCAUCCCUUUACCUCUGCCACCACCACCUCCUCCUCCCCAACCUCCAGCAAAAAAAAAAGGACAAAAGCAAGGGAGGAAUGAUACUGUCACAGAGAAACCUAUUCUGCCUCCAGAACCUGCUGAACCCGUACUCAGUGGCAGCAUGGCCAUAGGGGCCGUAUCACUAGCUGUGGCCAAAACCAGUGCCAUCCUGGGCAAUAACCCCCUCUACUUAAAUAUCGCAUUACUGAAGCAGCAGGAGCAGCCUGCAAAGCUCACUGUACCUUUGCUAAUGGUGUCUCUGGUCAGCUGUGGGAAGGCAUCGCCGGGCAAGCUGAAUUUAAUGAAAGAAUUGAUGUGUAUACCGCAUCCCGGGUUAACAGCUAAACAAGGUGUGGAGAUGCUUCUGGAAAUUCAGAAACAUAUUAACAAAACAAUCGAAAUGACCCCUCCUCCAAAAACAGAGACCAGAAAAGGGCAUAAUGGAAGCAAAAGAGGUCAACAGCCCAUCACUGGCAAGAUGUCCCAUCUUGGCUGUUUAACCAUUAAUUAUGACACCAUAGAGCAGCCACUGCUCCUGAUACAAGGCAUCUGUGCGAACCUGGGGCUGGACAUGGGGACAAACCUGCAUCUAGCCAUCAACUGUGCUGCACAUGAGCUGAUGGAUUACAAUAAAGGAAAGUAUGAAGUAAUGACGGGAAUACACAAAAACACAGCUGAGAUGCUUGACCUGUAUGUGGAUCUGAUCAACAAGUUCCCUUCAAUUAUCGCCUUAAUUGAUCCUUUCAGGAAGGAGGAUUCUGAACAGUGGGAGAGCAUCUAUAAUACUCUUGGUUCCAGGUGUUACAUCAUCGCAGGAGCUGCAUCCAAAAGCAUUUCUCAGCUUCUAGAGGGUGGCAACAACAGCACCCCCAAAUCCAGUGGGGUGAUCAUAAAACACACCAAUCAAACGACGGUGUCUGACUUGGUGGAAGUAACCAGUCUUCUUGACAGUAAGCAGCACAUCACCGUCUUCGGAAGUACAGAAGGAGAGUCGUCUGAUGACAGCCUGGUCGAUUUGGCCAUUGGACUCGGUGUCCGGUUUAUCAAGUUGGGAGGUCUUUCUCGAGGCGAACGGGUGACUAAGUACAACCGCCUUUUUACUAUAGAGGAAGAGCUUGUCCAGAAUGGAACACUGGGUUGCAAUGAAGGACACACAUUUUUUUCCUUGAAUGACGAAGUGGAAACGGGGACCAAGGCAUCCAAGGCCGUGGCCCCCGUGACUGGUGAGCUGCCAGAGCUGCCAGAGCUGCCGGAGCCUGUCUUCCCCAUUGAAGUGAUGGAGGCAUCGGCCAACGCAUGAGUGUCUUCCGGAUGGAACCGUGGACGCCCGGCUUAGGGCCACACAGCCAGCAGGAGACCCGCAGAGCCCACGGGUGUCUUCACAUUGGUUUUGCUAUAAAACGCCCCUAACCAGUGCACUCUUUUUAUGAUUUCACUGUUGAAUAAAUUGAUAUGUAGCAUUUCUGCCUGAAAUUAUACCUGUGGGAUGUGUCUUCCAGACAUCUCAUUUCCAUGGGAAUUUCAUCCGUAUACCAGCAAUCCUGUCCACUUGGGGGGCUACGGCCUAGUAAGAGUCCAGGACCCCUGUGGCUGACAUAUCCAUGCCGGAAAGCACAGAUGCAUUUUUGUAGCCAGCCUCAUGCAGGAAGAAGUGUGAGAACUUCAGUUUUUGUAACCGCCAAAGGCUUCUUUUGACUUCCUUACCCUUAAUUCUUUUCCCUGAUUCCCUCCUCUUUCUAAAUUUUCAUCUUUAUUAUUUUACUUACAUGCUUGUGGGCGUCCUAAGAUCCUUUUUGGAAAAAGAAUCAGUAUAAAUGAAUAAACCCAUCAGUAAGUGCAUAAAUAGUCUUAAGGUAAUUAACUGCUCAAUUAUUUAUGCAACAGCAUCUCAGAGGCGACUAAAAAUGAUACAUCGUAUAGGCUGACUGGAUGAAGUGCCUCUCUUGUAAGCCAGUAUCAGGGUUAUAGCAGAAAAGUACUAGAAAUAAAAUUAUUCACACACCUACAGAUAUAAUAAUGUCCUACUGCUUUAUAGAAUUUAGAUUCUCUGUUUAAAGUUAUCAUUUGUUUUCCUCCAAAAUUAUAAAAAUUGUUAGGUACUGACCUGUGGGAGAGUUGGCUGGGUUUAGAUUUCUGAUAUAUUCCCUAAGUUUUCACUAAGCACAUUGAGAACUUUUCCUUUUGAAGAGUACCCAUAGAGAAACUUAAUGGCCUCAUGGUAAAGCCAGGGCCUUACACUCAAAGCAAUGAUUUAAAAUUGGCUCAUGGCACCUUCUCUCAGAGCAAGGGCCAGGAGGACUGGCUGGUAUCUA